GCUCUAUUAUUUACCUCAAGGCAAUCCCCAAGUUCGCAUUCCGUGAAUUCCUGCAAAGUCAUUCACGGUUUUCCUCUCCACCAAAUCAUUAGCUGGGAGGAUUUCUGUGCUAUUGAAUUUCUGGGUAUCUUCCAAGAUUCAUCGCUCAUUCUGGGUGUGGCUGCGAUUUCUUAAUCUGGAUCGUUAUUGUUAGUGCGUGGAAGCCAAAAUUCUGGGUUUUCUGCGUUAAAUUUCGUAAUUUAUACGUUGAUUUCCUAUUUCAUCUUCGACGAUGACGAUGACGAUCCAGUCGACACCUGGAAGCUCAGGAUAUUUGGAUUUGUAUCCUGAAAGGAAAAUGUCUUAUUUUAAGAACCCUUAUAUUCUGGGCCUCACUGCCGUCGCUGGCAUUGGUGGGCUGCUUUUCGGCUAUGAUACAGGUGUCAUAUCAGGAGCCCUUUUGUAUAUUAAAGAUGAUUUUGUGGAAGUUAGAAAUAGUAGUUUCCUUCAGGAAACAAUUGUUAGCAUGGCAUUGGUUGGUGCAAUUCUCGGAGCUGCAGCUGGUGGUUGGGUUAAUGAUGCUUAUGGACGAAAGAAGGCAACCCUUAUUGCUGAUGUUAUCUUUGCUCUUGGAUCAUUUGUCAUGGCUGCUUCACCAGGUCCUUAUAUUCUCAUAUUUGGACGUCUAUUAGUUGGGAUUGGUGUGGGUAUAGCAUCUGUCACCGCUCCUGUGUAUAUCGCUGAAGCUUCACCAUCAGAAAUAAGGGGAGCACUAGUAAGCACAAAUGUGCUUAUGAUAACUGGUGGACAGUUUCUUUCCUACCUUAUAAAUCUUGCUUUUACUGAGGUCCCUGGAACUUGGCGAUGGAUGCUGGGAGUUGCAGGUGUGCCUGCGGUUGUGCAGUUCUUCCUCAUGCUCUUCCUACCUGAAUCCCCCAGAUGGCUUUUUAUCAAGAAUAGGAACAAUGAAGCCAUUGUUGUGCUUACUAAGAUAUAUGACUAUGCUCGCUUAGAGGAUGAAGUUGAGUUCCUAACAGCUCAAUAUGAGCAAGAAAGCCAAAAGAGGAAUGAUAUCAAAUACUGGGAUGUGUUUAAGUCAAAAGAAAUUAGGCUUGCUUUCCUUGUUGGAGCUGGAUUGCAGGCUUUUCAGCAAUUUACAGGUAUAAACACAGUCAUGUACUACAGCCCAACAAUUGUCCAAAUGGCUGGCUUCCAUUCCAAUCAGUUGGCUCUUCUUCUAUCCCUCAUUGUUGCUGGUAUGAAUGCUGCUGGUACAAUUCUCGGCAUCUACCUUAUUGAUCAUGCAGGGCGGAAAAAAUUGGCCCUUUCUAGCUUAGCUGGAGUAAUCGCCUCUUUGAUCAUACUUGCUGUGUCAUUUAUCAACCAAUCUUCUGGCUCCACAAAUGACUUGUAUGGAUGGCUUGCAAUUGUGGGUUUAGCCCUGUAUAUUGCUUUCUUCUCACCUGGAAUGGGACCUGUGCCAUGGACUAUGAACUCAGAAAUAUAUCCUGAAGAAUAUCGAGGAAUAUGCGGGGGCAUGUCAGCUACUGUGUGCUGGGUUUCAAAUUUGAUUGUGUCCCAGACCUUUCUAUCAAUUGCUGAUGCUGUAGGGACCGGUCAAACUUUCUUGAUUCUUGCCAGUAUAGCUGUGCUGGCUUUUCUCUUUGUGGCUGUGUACGUUCCAGAGACCAAAGGAUUAACAUUCGAUGAAGUGGAGCUGAUAUGGAAGGAGAGAGCUUGGGGCAAGAAUCCAGAUACACAAGCCCUUGUUGGGCAUGGCAAUGACUCCUAGAAGAGCAUCCAUAUAAGAUUCAAGAGUGUGAUAAUGAAUCCUAGGUGUGCCCGAUCUUUCUUUCAUUCCCCCACUUAUCUUUCCCAAUGUCAGUUUACAAGAGUGCAGUCGUGAAUUAUCGUGGAUGAAUAUUUGGAACAGUCUCAGUUAAUUUAUCAUUUGUAUAGGCAGCUUAGUGGUGAGAUUAUAUUGUUUAACUUUGGAAUCAUUCCGAAAUUUUAAGUGACAUUGUAUCUCCUGAAUUUUUAGUGUGACAUUGUAUCUUCUGUAUUGAGUGACGUAAAAUAAUGGCCUACGUUGUCACUUUACCAUCUCGUGUUUUA